AGGGAUUAUAAAUUAAUACGUUUCAGUGUUCCCAUAAAAAAAUAAACAAAUAAAUAAAUAACAGUUUAUUUGUAUUACAGUAUCCCCACGUCUAGAAUAUGCUUGACACAUAGCAAUCACGAUAAUAGUAGCAUGUGCAUAGAUAGUGCUUGUUAUGAUCAGGCAUCACACAUAUCAUUCAUUUACUCCUCCUAAGAACACUAGACAGAAGGAUAUUAUUGUCCCCACUUUCUAUUUUAGAAAACCGAAGCACAGAGUAACUGCCUACAGGAGCAGGAGGCAACACAGUAUCUGGCUGCAGAAUCUGGCUGCGCCCUUCCCAGUGCGCACGCCUGGUGGUUCAUGGAACCAUGACUGCUUGCGCUUAAUACACCAGGUGUGAUGGCAAUGGGAGGGUGCCUGUGAACCAAGAUGUGUGUUGUGUCCCGUCCACCUCUGGUCCCGGCCACCUCGCUGUCCACGGUGUGUGCGGUGCCCACGGGUACAGAAUUGUGCACAAAUGGCCAGGCCUGGGGGUUCAGCAAGCCUCAAAGCGAGCUCCCAGUGAGUGUGGUGUGUCUAUCCCUGAGUCAGCAGCGGCGCUGCCAGCCACCAGAAACCCAGUUUUCUCAACUCAGAAUUUGUUCCAAACGUAAAAAAGAGAAAAUGGCACUCCAAGAGACACAAGCAAUUGCAGAAUGUCAUAUCCCUUCUCACCCACUUCCGGUGGGAUCCAGCCUGCUACACUGCCAGUGACACGCUGGAGAAGGCUAGGUGCCUCCCUCUUUCAGGCUUUCCUGACUCACCAGAGCCUAAGGCCAGAGAGCUCUGGUGGGGUUGUCUAUAUGUCAAGAAAUGAAAUCUGUACAAUGGAGUUAAUUUCCUGCAUAUCCACUGUUCUGGUAAAAAUGAAAUACAUAGGCUCAUAUGAACUACUAAAUACAAAAUGUGUCAUUUUGGUGAUUCUGAGGAUGAGUUUAACCCUAAUAUGUGCAUUUAAAGCUGGCACUGAAUACCAUAAAGAUGAACAAUAAAAUUCAUGCUAAUAAAUUUUAUUUUGGGGGGCUGGGCAUCGUGGUGCACUCCUGUAAUCCCAGCACCCAGGAGGCUGAGGCAGGAGGAUCACUGUGAGUUUGGGGCCCCAUAGAGAGUUCAAGGCCAGCCUGAACUACAUAGUGAGACCCUGUCUCCAAAAAUAUUUUUAAAGUUUUAUUUGCUUAAGAAUGACAUUACACAGCAAAUUUUUAAAACACCAUAAUAAGUUGAGAGAUCAUGGAAAAGGGGGGAAAGGUAUGUGCUUUAAUACCCCUUUCGCAGCCGGACACAUGGCUGUGUCUGCACAUGUCCACCUGGCUUGGGCCCACAGAUGAUGUAGUUGGCCCUGCUUAUAAAUUUCCUCUCUACCUGCCUCAGCUUGGUUUAACUUCAUGUGACUGCUAACAGAGUCCUAAUUUGGAAAUUCAAUUUGAACUUGCUGGGGGUUUAGCUUCAUGCUUCGUUGCAACUGAUGUACUCCAAUAUGAGAGGACAUAUGAAGCAAUGUAAAGAGCAUGGGCUUUGAAGAUCAGAAAGAGCCCCAGAGAGGUUCACUAACUUGGGCAAAGCCACACAGCUUCCUAGAAGAACUGAGAGCUGGACUUUGUGUGGCCAUGGAAAUUUGCUCUUACUGUACUGUACUGUAGGCACUGGUCACAGGGACCUAUCAAGCCCUUGAAAUGUGAGUAGAUUUAAAUGUAUAGUGUGAUUAGUGUUACAGUAUUGGAUCACACAGUUCUAGAACAUGGGCCGUGAGCCCUGUGACCAUGACAUUGUGGAGGGGCUGACUCACUCCCUGGCUCCUGGCACCUGGCCCUUCCUGGGGAGUGUGGAUGAAAGGUUAGAGCAACCACACAGAGCUGGGACAUAGUAAGUACUCAGUGAAUGGCAGCUGAGUGAGUGCUUUGAGGGUGCUCAGGCCCAAGCUCACAGGUCACCAGCUCAGGGGACAGGGGAUGGCAAGGAAGAAAGAGGAGACAUGUGUGACCCUCUGAGGCCAGUGUGAGGCAGGGCCAGCCCACAGCAGAGGUCACAUCAGCCCUUGGUGACUCAGACUGUCAGGAAUCCACACCCGAAGGCUUAGCUCCCCACCGAAAGCCUUCCCGGGAGGGUCCGGCAGCUCGUGAGCAGGGAGACAUGUCAGGGUGAUCAAGGCGCCUCUGCUCUGUCUGUGGACAGCAGCCAGCAAGCCAGAGCUGUUGUCCCCAUGAACCCAGCUGAGUCUCAGCUCAGCCUCAAUGCGCUGUGACACACAGUGGAAGGGGUGAGACUGCCCUGACCAGCAGCCCUCCUGACCUCCUGCAUCCCUAACUGAGCCCUCUUCCUCUUCCAGGAAGCCUUGCUACACCCUCCUCCCACCUGGGCAGCCCCUCUACUGGCCCUGGAUGUGGUUCAUCAUCAGUCACCACCAGGAAGGGCCCUUGGCUGCUCUCUCCUGCACAGCCAGUGUGAGCGCCCCAGAGAUGUAGACCGCAGCUCCUUCCCCAGCUGAGGCUGCCCAUGCUUUGCGCCUGGGACUCAUUUUGAUAGCCCUUCUUAUCUCCUCCAUCCAGGCAGCUCUAGCCUUCAACUCCAGUCCCCCUAAGGGCUCCCCUCGAGCUUCCUGCUGCUGUCAGUUCCAGCUGCUCUGCAGGACAAAACCCUGCUGCUUAAGGUGCCCCCCAAGCACCCCAGCUACUAACCUGCCCUCUCAACUUUGGGGAUUCCAAAUGACAUAGUCACAAACAGAUUGAAUUUUAUUCUCAUAGUAUUUUCCUCUCCUCUCAGAGCCAUUUAAAAGGGAACUGGGAUUAGGCAGGCAUAGUGGUGGACACCUACAAUCCCAGCACCCUGGGAGGAUGAGGCAGGAGGAUCACAAGUUUGACCCCAGUCUGGGCAACUUAGUGAGAACCUGUCUAAAAAAAAAAAGGUGGGGAUGUAGUUCAGUGCAAAGGCCCUGGGUUCAAUCCCCAGUACCGCCAGAGAAGAAGGAAAAAAGUCUCUUGCUGGUUGACAUGAAGUUAAGGGAAGAUCCUCUUGGCAAAGAAUCGGGCAUUCAAGUUUACUAAUCUUGCACGCCCAGCAGGCUGUGGCCGAAGGGUAUGAGAGGUCAUUCCCGAGAUAGUUUGCUUGUGCUGCUGACUCUGCUCCAAGAAGAGAUCUCGCCCCCGUCAUACUUCCCAUAGCUGCAAUCCUGUUUGUCUUGCCUUGGUUCCCUUGAAGGAAUAGUUCAAGGAUGGGAACAUCCUGAGAAGUGUCUCAGCCCGUUUCUGUAGAGAUUAGACUAUAUUCAUAGAGAAAAAACAUUAAACAAUACCUGCUGUUUAUGCAUUCACCUUAAAUAACCGCUGUAAGUACUAUAGAAGAGAUGGAUGAACCAAGAAUAAACGUCCUGUUUCUCUUCAGGAUCCCCUGUGGCCUGCUUCUAUUUCUUUGCGGCCCCCUACUCACGACCCCUUUUCCACUGAGGUCGAACAACAGCUGGUGACUGUGGAAAGAGCAGACUUAGUUGGAAGAAGCUAGAGGGGUGAGUGUCUUUAGUAGUCAGGGGAGGAAAGCUUCAAGGAAGAGGGGCACCCUGCCUGUGAGCCCGGUGACAGGAAAGGACAUCCUAGGCAGAGGAAAUAGGACAGGCAAAGGUGGAGAUGGCUGGGACAGGAUGCAUCGUUUGGUGUAGAAAGUUGGGGUGCACCAAGCAGUAGGAGGGGUGAGGUGCAGAGGAGAGGGGCAGCGAGACACUGAGGACCUCACUGAGGAGAGCAGGCUCUGUCCCCAGAUGCCAGACCCAGCACAGAAUUCUCUAGAAGGGUGGGAUUCUGCAUCCCCGUGGAGAACUCCUCCACCAUGCUGCUUCUGUAAAGACUCUGCUCUGGUGAACUGUAACUGUCUGCAAGUACCGAGCACCCCUGCUCAGCACUCCGUGUGCAUUGCCUCGUGUGACCUGUGCUUCAAGCCUUCCUACUAGGUGCAGUUUCUCCAGUCCUUGAGCUUGCACAGCAGGUGACGAAACCACUGAGCUAAAUCCCCAGCCCUUAGGUGCAGUUUUCUGAUUCCCACUGUCCAGAGAGGGAAAGAAAUUUACCCAAGAUCACACAGCUAGCAAGUGGCAGAGCUAGGAUUUUAACUCCAGCAAUCUGACUUUGAGCUGUCCUAGAGUAAAGAACCUGUUUAACUUUGUUUUGCCAGCAUUUCCUGAAUUCAUUUUUUAAGUGAAAUUAAAGAAAAAAUAUUGGAGCCGGGGAUUUAGCCCAGUGGUUUCGCCGCCUGCUGCGCAAGUGCAAGGACCUGAGUUCGAUCCCUGGUACAAAAAAAAAAAAUUGCCCCCAUUAUUAAAAAACUUUUUAAAAGAAAAUUGAUUCUGUGGGCAGUUAAAGGAUUCUAAUCCAAGAACAUUUUAAUUUAAUUCACAAAUAUCACUUGUCAGCUUGUUAGUAGUCAUUUACACUUUAGUAAGCAUUAGUCCUUUCUCCAUUUUCUUUCUCUUUUCUUUCUCCAUUUUCUUUGAGGGCAGGCCUUGCUUCUGAUUCACUGUUGUCUCCAGUGCCUAGCAGAGGUGUCAGAAAAUGGUGCUGUAUCGCUUGAAUGAGUUGUGAUUCCCUGUGGAGGAUAUGGUAAAGGGGCAGAGGAAAGAAAGGAGCUGGCCAGGUGGGUGGUAGUGGGGUGAGAACGUCAGGAAAGGAGGUCGGGAGCAGCUUCGGGAAAGUUCUGGGAACCAGAGCCUUGGAGCAGAGGGCAGAGCAAGUCACCCCUUCAUGGCACAGGGGAAGGACAGGACUGAAACCCAAACAUCUGCUCUGAGUAUGUUAUCUUCCGGGCAAAACUAGCCACCUGGUUAGUUGGAAAACAGGCAUUUGUCAGAGUUCAAGGUGUAUCAGGAAAGUUUUGGUUUUAAGAAUCAGAGUCAGAGAAAAAAACGUCCCAGACUUGUCACCCUCUCCCCCACCCGAGGCUACUGAGAAAAGCAGGGGCUUCGGAAGGUGACUGUUGAAUAGAAGCUUCUUAGCAGACACCUCACUCAUGUCUGUCACUCUAAAAGGGCAAGACGCAGGCCCAGAGUGGGCAAGGCCACAGGCCGACACAGUGGGGACCAGAAUCCCGGCGAGCACUGCCCAUGGCCGCCGUCCACAGUCCCUUGGCCCUGGCCUCUCUGUCCUCCGUCCCCUCCCCUUUGUCAGGAGGAGGAAGCCUUUGUUCAAACCCCACCUCCACUGGCUGCUCCCUGCUGCAACCUGACUGCCCUAAUGGGAUUAUAGAGCCCUGGUGGAAUAGACUAGGGUUAAUUCCCUGGCUUUAAAGAGUGGGCCAGGUCCACCAAAACUCUGUGCGGUGAUCCUAAUAGCCCUGGCCCCCAUGCAGCCUGCUAGAGCUCACCAGUGCUUCACAAGGAUUCUCUGGAUGGCAUUUGUACCAAUCCCAAGGAAGUAGAUGCUGUUAUUCUCUCUGUUUUAUGGGCGGGGAAACUGAGUUACGGUGCGAUGAAAUGGCUUGUGUAAGCUUGCACACCUAGUAAGUAGCCAAGCUGGGUCUUGAAUGAAGAAUUCCUGGGCGCCAUUGGCUUUAAAAAUAAUAGGCAUCCUUAGCUAGGUGUGGCGGUCCCUGCCUGUAAUCCCAGCACUUGGGAGGCUGAGGAAGGUGGAUCACAAGUUUGAGGCCAGCCUGGGCUACAUAACAAGACCCCGUUUCAUGAGAAAAAAAAAAAGACCCUGAAAACCCUCAGAGGAUCCUGCCUAAAAGAGCCCCAAAGACUGUGCAUCCAGUGGGAGAUGGAGCCACGGACCAGGGGUGGAAAUUGACUCCACUGCGUGUGCUGCUCUGUCACUGUGGCCUGGACUCUGGCUGUUGGAAUCUGUCUCCCUUUUCAAUGCCUGAAGGUGAGAUCUGAGGGGGUUGGCAUGGGUCUCUGUGAUCAUCAAAGGCAAAGCAAACAGAGUAGGCCUGGCACAUUGCGCUCCCUCGCUCCUCAGCAGAAUGGUAGGUGAAUUGUCCUUACUGCUUGGCAUAGUGUUGGGGUUAAAUAUGCCAACGCAAGGAACUCAUGCAAUAAAUGCUUAUUUAAUGUUGGCGAUCACUAGGAUCUUAUUGCCUGGCCUGCAUUUCUUCCUGGAAUGAAAUGGGGUAAAAAUCAAACCAACCACACAGAUGUUCUUCUUCUUCCUCCCCUCAGUGUCUGGUCCAUUUUCCCAUUCAAGGAGCAUUUGGCUUUGUGAGCCCAACUCCCAGGCCACAUGGCCUGCUCUAAUUUCCUGGGCCCUAAUCUCUCCCAGCUCCUAAUGAUGCAGCUGGUAAUAGGAUUGUGGCUUCCCUCUGGGGCAGCCUCAUAGGCCAUGGCUGUGGGGCUGGUGACUGCUUCUUAGUGACUCUGACCACCUGUGAGCUGAGGAGCCAGCACCCCCAACCCAGACCCUGUGCCCCUGGCUGGCAUCUCAUGCAUGGAAUGGUCCUGUGCCCCAUGCCAGCAGGCCCAGCUCACCAUGGUGCUGGGUGCCAUCCUCGCGAGAGGCAGGGACGUGUGCCGACGGAACGGACUACUCAUCCUGUCGGUGCUGUCUGUCAUCGUGGGCUGCCUCCUCGGCUUCUUCCUGAGGACCCGGCGCCUCUCACCACAGGAGAUUAGUUACUUCCAGUUCCCUGGAGAGCUCUUGAUGAGGAUGCUGAAGAUGCUGAUCCUGCCGCUCGUGGUCUCCAGCCUGAUGUCCGGCCUCGCCUCCCUGGAUGCUAAGACCUCCAGCCGGCUGGGCAUCCUCACUGUGGCGUACUACUUGUGGACCACUUUCCUGGCCGUCGUCGUGGGCAUCAUCAUGGUUACCAUCAUCCACCCCGGGGGUGCGGCCCAGAAGGAGACUAUGGAGCAGAGUGGGAAGCCCGUCAUGAGCUCAGCGGAUGCCCUGCUGGACCUCAUCCGUCUUAUUAAAACACCACAAAGAUUAAGUAAUGACUUGGCUCUGCCCUCCCUAUUACCGUCUCAGGAACUGGAUGGAGCUCUGAGGAGCUAUGCUGCAGAGGGAACAAGCCCCACCCUGGGACUCAGGAACAUGUUCCCAGCCAACCUGGUGGAAGCCACAUUCAAACAGUACCGCACCAAGACCACCCCGGUUGUCAGGUCCCCCAAGGUGACCCCAGAGGAGGCCCCUCCUCGGCACAUCCUCAUCUACGGGGUCCAGGAAGAGAAUGGCUCUCGUGUGCAGAACUUCGCACUGGACCUGACCCCACCACCUGAGAUCGUCUACAAGUCAGAGCCUGACACCAGUGAUGGCAUGAACGUGCUGGGCAUUGUCAUCUUCUCUGCCACCAUGGGCAUCGUGCUGGGGCGCAUGGGUGCCAGCGGGGGCCCCCUGGUCAGCUUCUGCCAGUGCCUCAAUGAGUCUGUCAUGAAGAUUGUGGCCGUGGCUGUGUGGUACUUCCCCUUUGGGAUUGUGUUCCUCAUCGCUGGCAAGAUCCUGGAGAUGGAUGACCCCAAGGUGGUUGGAAAGCAGCUGGGCUUGUACGCCAUCACCGUGGUGUGUGGACUUGUGAUCCACGGCCUCUUCAUCCUGCCCCUGCUCUACUUCUUCAUCACGAAGAAGAACCCCAUCGUCUUCAUCCGUGGUGUCCUCCAGGCCCUGCUCAUUGCGCUGGCCACCUCCUCCAGCUCAGCCACACUGCCCAUCACCUUCAAGUGCCUGCUGGAAAACAACCACAUCGACCGGCGCAUUGCCCGCUUUGUGCUGCCUGUGGGCGCCACCAUCAACAUGGACGGCACUGCGCUCUACGAGGCUGUGGCUGCCAUUUUCAUUGCCCAGGUCAACAACUCUGAGCUGGAUUUUGGCCAGAUCAUCACCAUCAGGGACCGUUUCCGCACCAUGAUUAAUGUGCUGGGUGACGCGCUGGCUGCAGGGAUCAUGGCCCACAUCUGCCGGAAGGACUUUGCUUGGGACCCUGGCACUGAGAAGCUGCCACCCAGCGAGACCAAGCCAGUGAGCCUUCAGGAGAUCGUGGCGAGCCAGCAGAAUGGCUGUGUGAAGAGUGUGGCCGAGGCCUCGGAGCUGACCCUCGGCCCUGCCUGCCCCCACCACAUCCCCGUGCAGGAGCAGGUGGGGCGGGAUGAGGAGCUGGCCACGGCCAGCCUGGACCACUGCACCAUCGAGAUCAGAGAGCUGGAGACCAACGUCUGAGCUUGGGGGGCUGCAAGUGAGGCCCCCAGGGCUGGCGUAGGAGCUGAACUCGAGGCUCACCUGAGCAGCUGGCAGGCACCAGGCUCAUGCAUUCUGCCCUCCCUGAGGGGCUGGAAUUAGCCUCAGAGGUGGGAAAUAGGGUUCCAGAGAGGAGCAGGUGCAUGCAGGAGCCCCAGCUAGAGAAUGGUAGCCUGCCGACCCCAAGCCCCAGUCCCAGGCGAGGGUUGUUGUCCCCGUUUUCUGGAUCACAGAUUUGAGGUUCUGAGCACUUGCCCACGGUCUUGAGAAAGCAAUGUCAGGGCUAGGAGGCUAACGCAAGUCUUUCGGGCCCUGGCUACUCCCUCCUCUAGGACCGGGUAGCCUGUAGGGCCAGAUGCUGAGAGGCUCCGCAGCCACCACCGCUUCUAACUUAUGAUGACGUAGUAACAACGUCCAGGUGUCUGUCCCCACCGAGUCCAGGCCUCCACCUCGCCCCACAGCAUUUGGCUUCAGCCAAACAGCUGUCCCCAAGGGUAGGCCUGUCCUGGGCUGGGACCCGCUCACUGCCUUCCCUGUGCCAUGGCCUGCCCUGUCCCUGCCCACCAGCUGAGUCUCCCACAGCUUGUCUGAUGCGGGGACGGACAUCUUCACUAGGGAUCCUGGAGGGUCUCCGUGGGGACAUCCAGGCCAGCUUCCUAUGGACAGGUGGGCAGGGCCCUGUGGUACCCUGGGGUCAAAAUUCCCCAAAGGCCCGUGUGACAAAGUGGAGGAAGAGUUCCUAUCCCUUUCUGUGUUUGCAAAUUCAGUGAUAACUAAAUAAAGAUCUUUUGUUUUUCAA